AUUUUGGUAUUUAAUACCUUAAAAGCACCUCCUCUUCAAGGUCUCUUCCGACCAACACUUUGUCCCUUUUAAAUUCCCCUGUUUUUUCUCUUUUAAUUUCCUCCAUUGAUGCCCAAAACCAAAGCCAUUUCAAAAUCCAACACUUGCCCAUUUCACCAAAUUAGCAUUCAAUUUCUGGGUCAUCUUUCUUUUCUUCAAUUUGACACAAAAGUUUCGAGCUUUUUCUUAAUGGAGAUUGAACUUGUUGUCACGUGCGAUUGCUGUGGGCUGAAAGAAGAUUGCACUCAAUUCUAUAUCAGUGAAGUUAAGGCUAAAUUUGAAGGAAAAUGGCUUUGUGGUCUUUGUUCUGAAGCUGUUAGAGAUGAAGCUAAACGAAGCAAAAAGCCGUUGAUAGGUAAUUUGGAAGAAGCUGUUAAUGCCCACAUGUCGUUUUGUCGGAAAUUUAAAUCUAAUCCUGCUGUUCGUGUUGCUGAUGGAAUGAGGCUUAUGCUUAGGAGAAGAUCCAGCGACAUAUCGACUUCUUCUUCUUCCUCUUCUCCUUCUUCUUCGGUUAAGAAGUAUGGGAGAUCCGCUAGCUCGUCUCAGGUGGGUUUCGACAUGUCGUCUCUGUCGCUCUACUAAUUUCAUUUUUGGAACUUUUUAAUUAUUUAAUUAUGGCCCGUUUGGUAGUUAUUUGAGUUUUGGUUUUUAGUUUUUUGAAAAUUUUAGGAUAUAAAUUUUGAAAACUCAAAAAAUCGUUUUUAGAAUUUGAAUUUAAUUAGUCAUGCUAAGUUUGAUGAAAAUUAUAAUAGAAGGAUUUAAAUAAACCAAACUUAAAUUUCAAAACAAAAAAAACUAAAACUAAAAUCGUUAUCAAACGGGGCCUAACAAAUUAAAGAUUUGAUUCUUAUCUCUCUCCCUCUCUUUCUUAAUUAUUGAAAUAUUAUAUGUUCUUUUAGGAGUUUGCUUUUGCCUUUGGAAAGGCUUCCUUUGUACAUAAAUAAAAGUCUAUUUAACUAUAUAUGGGUUGUUUUCUAAUUUUGCUUCGAAAAUAAUAAAAAUGUUAAACGGGUAAAGCAUAUAUAUACUAAUUAUGUAUUUAUAAAAUCCUAAUAAUAGUUGAGGUUGGAGAUUCGUUACAAAACAUACUUCUCUAUUAAUUGAGUUAUGCUCGUCUUGGUAAGUAUAUAUUUCUUUAGUUUGUUUAUGUUAUGAGCUAAAAAAAUCAUUUUAGUCUUUAUACUUCAAUAAUUAUUAACUCUUUCAUUUAUAAAUGUUAGAUGUCAAAAUUAGCUCCCGGUAAAUUUAUAUAACAUAAAGUAUA